AUGGCCAAAAGAUCGGCCUCGGCCAUUGUUAAUGAUCCUUCAUUUUGGGAAUCUGGUGACGAUGAAUCAAUUGAUCGUGACAGCGAUGUAGAAGACGCUGAUUUUAUUAUUCCCAUUGAUGAAAACUCUUCCGAUUCCGAUAAUGAUUCUACUGCCGAUUUUGACAGUUCAACAAGUAGGCCUGGAAGUAAGCCCGAUGGCCAUGAUGAUGUAAAUUUUGCUGUCGGUAUUCUGACCGAAAAUGCCAGUGAAAAUGAAAUUGAUGAAACUGAAUAUGAAGUUGAAGUAAAUAGAGUUAUUGACGGGUUGAUAGGUGGACGCACGUACACCUCACGUCAAGGUCGUCCUUCAACUGGCCCUGUUGUAAAUCCAGAUUCACGUUUAAAUCGUGAAUUAGAUCAUUCGCCUUUCAAAUUUGACAGUCAGUCAAAGUGUACUGUUCACAUCAAUAGAGUAGACACAACUUUCGGAUGUUCUGUUUGCAAAGUUAGAAUGUGUCCCCACCCUUGUUUCCAUCGUUAUCAUUAUAUGGCCCAUUAUAAAUUUGAUGAUCCAGCUAAAAAGAGGAAAGUGACAGAAGAAUAA